GUGCAGCCGGCUCAGUUCGGUCCACUUGCGUACCAUUUCGGUUUAUUUUCCACGUUAAAUGAUGAAUUUUUACCUGCGUGAUGUGAGUGCAGCAGGUAAAAGCUCCUAGGUGAGUUUCUGCACAGGCGCUGUACGGAGUAAUGCGUGAUGGCUGCUCGCGCUCGAUCGCCGUUUAAAAAAUGUGAUCUGCUAAUUCUGAUGAACGCCUUUAAGAGCGACUCAAAACAGCUGCUGCUGCUGCUGCUGCUGGAGCUGCUGCUGCUGCUGGAGCUGCUGCUGCUGUUGCUGCUGCUGCUGGAGCUGCUGCUGCUGCUGCUGGAGCUGCUGCUGCUGCUGCUGCUGUUGCUGCUGCUGCUGGAGCUGCUGCUGCUGCUGCUGCUGUUGCUGCUGCUGCUGGAGCUGCUGCUGCUGCUGCUGCUGUUGCUGCUGCUGCUGGAGCUGCUGCUGCUGCUGCUGGAGCUGCUGCUGCUGGAGCUGCUGCUGCUGGAGCUGCUGCUGCUGCUGCUGCUGUUGCUGCUGCUGCUGGAGCUGCUGCUGCUGGAGCUGCUGCUGCUGUUGCUGCUGCUGCUGGAGCUGCUGCUGCUGCUGGAGCUGCUGCUGCUGGAGCUGCUGCUGCUGCUGCUGGAGCUGCUGCUGCUGCUGGAGCUGCUGCUGCUGCUGGAGCUGCUGCUGCUGGAGCUGCUGCUGCUGGAGCUGCUGCUGCUGUUGCUGCUGCUGCUGGAGCUGCUGCUGCUGCUGGAGCUGCUGCUGCUGGAGCUGCUGCUGCUGCUGCUGGAGCUGCUGCUGCUGCUGGAGCUGCUGCUGCUGCUGCUGGAGCUGCUGCUGCUGCUGGAGCUGCUGCUGCUGGAGCUGCUGCUGCUGGAGCUGCUGCUGCUGGAGCUGCUGCUGCUGGAGCUGCUGCUGCUGCUGCUGGAGCUGGAGCUGCUGCUGCUGGAGCUGCUGCUGCUGUUGCUGCUGCUGCUGGAGCUGCUGCUGCUGGAGCUGCUGCUGCUGGAGCUGGCUGCACAACUUUAAUCAUCUUCAACCUUCAUCUUCAUUUCAACACAAGUGAAACAAAGUUCCUGAUCUUCUACCGUGUUACCACCCUAGUGUUGUUUCUAGAGCCCUGCACUGAAGCCCCAGGCCUGCGGGUCGGGCCGGCCCGCGGGCCUGGGGCUUCGGGCUGACGACUGUGUAAUCACCUCGGACAAGGGCCGGGCCGGGCGCCUUUAUUUUUAAUGGAAUUCAUAAAAAAGCUGAAACACUUGAACGCAGCAGCACCUGCCUGCUUCUCACGCACCGUUAGCUCAGUUAAGGUGUGUGUGGUUUAUAAUAUAAUAUAAAUGAAUUCUCAAACAGCUGACUGAAACAUGUGCUCCUGUUCUAAUACGACAUCUUAUGUCCACUUUGAUGUCAGAAACAUUCGUUUAUCCUCAUGAAAACGGCAGCGUUCUAUUCUUCUGUGAGUAAAUUCGCUCUGCAGUUUGAAAAAAUACAACAUUCAUUGCUGGUUUGUUUUUUUCUAACUGCGAGCGCAUUUUCAGAGCGGCAGAUUAAAUUUACAAACGCUGUAUUAACUGGGAACGUUUAUUUCAUCCGCCGCUCUGAAAACGCGCUCUGCAGUUAGAACAUUAGAAUGCUGCUUUUUUUUCUAACUGCACAAGAGCGCGUUUUCAGAGCAGAUUAAAUUUACAAAUGCAUCCAAUUAAUAUAGCGUUCGUACAUUUCAUCUGCCACUCAGAAAAUACGCUGUUAGAAAAAAAGCUGCAUUGAUGCUGUUUUUCUGUCUUUUAUUUCUUUUUUUUUUUUUUUUACUGCAGAACGUUUUUCACAGAUAAUCAGAACGCGGAGCGUUCUAUCAUGCUAAAACAUCAUGAAAGGUUAAAGAAAAGUCGGGCUCGGGUCGGGCCAGAGAAUCCUGAAAACCUUCUUGGACCGGGUCGGGCAUGGGCUCCACCCCCUCGGGCCGGGCCGGACACGGGCUCAGAGGCCCGUGCAGGACUCUAGUUGUUUCCCUGGAUGGUACAGAACUACAGCGUGUCAGUUCCUAUAAGUAUCUGGUAUCUGACUUGAGAGCACACUUUCAUCUGACGUUCACAUGAACUCAUUACUUUCUAAAGUCAAGUCUAGAACUGGGUUUCUAUAGCAACAGGUCAUCCUUUACUCAUUCUGCAAAGCAACCCUUGGUCAAAACGACGAUCCUUCCAUUUUAGAUGACGGUGACAUCAUUUAUAGGACCGCUACCUAAAAACUUCUUCAUGAACUCGAUGUCAUUCAUCACUCAGCAACCCGUUUGGUCACUGGUGCUCCUUUCACUACUCGUCAUGUGAUCUGUACUCACCCGUUAACCAGCCUUCACUCCUGCAGGAUGUUACACCGGUUAGGGUUAGGGUUACCUUCACCCGUCAUAUCUGCUCUCAUUACUCAUCACCUUGUAACGUUUUGUACGCGGUUCCUUUUAAUAGAUUACCAACAGAAUAUAAAGGUGUUCAAUAAAAUAUAAUAUUCCACAAAACAUGGAUUACCAAUAUUAUUGAUCCUCUAAUAUGAUUGAUGAUGAAACUGGGUAGUUUGGUUAAUCCAGGGAAACAACACUUUAUAAUAAUCUGACUCAGAGACAAAAAUAUAGUUUAUAAAAUCUAUUUAUGACUACAUGAAUGAUGAUGAAAGGCUAAUGAUUAUAAGUGGUGACACAGUGAUGUUAAAUGAGACCAUGAAUGAACGGAUGAAACAUGACCUGGUGUGUUUAAGGGUUUCUAAGUGACUCAGAAAGGCGUGAUGUCUGGUUUAUUAAAUAAUCUGGAUGUUUGCUUUAAUGUCAUUUAACAAGUUAUCAGAUUAACACUGACCGCUCUGACACCGUUGUUUACUCCACACACCCUGGAUCAUGGAGCUCUGGAGAUCCGGUCUGCAGGUGAAGCCGUCUCUCAGAGCGAGUGAGUGGACUUCUGAUGCAUCUGAAGGUCGUAGACGCCCUCAGCAAACGCACGACUGGUCAGAAGAUACUUCCCAGGUGGCUUCUGGUGGAUGUCUCAUGUCUGAUGAGUGGGUGGUGGAAAUCAACACUCAUCAGACCAGUCAACAUUUUCCUGAUCUUCUACUGUCCAAUGUUGUUGAGCCUGGGUGAACUGGAGUGGCACCCAGUGUGGUCUUCUGUUGCUGUAGCACAUGUGCCUCAAGGUUUGACAUGUUGUGCAUUGAGAGAUGCUCUUCUGCAUAACUUGGUUGUAAUGAGUGGUUAUUUGAGUUACUGUUGCCAUUCUAUCAGCCUUGAACCAGUCUGGUCUGGCCAUUCUCCUCUGACCCCUGGCAUCAACAAGGCAUUUUUACUCAAAGAACUGCCGCUCACUGGAUGUUUCCCCUUUUUCCGACCACUCUCUGUAAACCCUUCAUAUAGUUGAGUGUGACAAUCCAAGAAAAUCAGCAUUUUAUUAAAUACAGUAUUUUCCGCACCAUAAGGCGCUAUUAGAAACCUUUGAUCUUCCCCUGAACCAGCAGUGCGCCUUAUAUACAUGUAUUAUGGACAUAAGUGAAGCCAGCUACACCUGCGUCCGCAGGAAAACAAAGAGCCGGCCAGUAGCACCGCCCACCCUCACCAAAAAAAAGGUGUGGCACUGCUCCACACAGGUACACCGGUAACCAGCUAUGGCACCAGCGAAGAGACACGCUAAUGAGGCAGGGUUCAAGCUCAGAGCCAUCGCUCACGCCAUUGAGCAUGGAAACAGAGCAGCAGCAAGAGAAUACAACAUUAACGAGUCGAUGGUCUGCAAGUGGAGAAAGUUGAAAGACCAGCUGGUACAGGUGAAGAAAACAGCGUAGCUUCAGAGGCAACAAGGCAAGAUGGCCACUGUUUGAAGACCGAGUUGAGCAGUGGGUCGCAAAGCAGCGAGCAGAAGCGUCUCCACCGUCUCCAUUCGUCUCACAGCUGCAGCAUUAGCAGGAGAGAUGGACAUUGCGGACUUCAUAGGAGAACCUUCCUGGUGUUUUUGCUUCAUGUGGAGGUGAGCACUUUCUAUCCGCACCAGAACCACUGUCUCGUAGCAGCUACCUGCCGACUACGCUGAGAAGCUAGAGUUGUUCCACUCCUAUUGCACUAAGAAGAUGGCAGACAAAAACAUCCCGCCACAGCACAUAAUCAACAUGGACGAGGUCCCGCUUACCUUCGACAUCCCGAUGAACCGGACCGUGGAGAAAAUGGGGAACAGCACGGUGUCUGUGCGGACGACCGGCCACAAGAAGCCCUGCUUCACCGUCGUGCUCGAAUGCCAGGCUGAUGCCCAGAAGCUGCGGCCGAUGGUCAUCUUCAAGCGGAAAACUUUACCCAAAGAAAAGUUUCCCGCCGGCAUGAUCAUCAAGGCGAACCCGAAGGGUUGGAUGGACGAGGACAUGAUGGCGGCGUGGCUGCGGGAGGUGUACACCAAAAAACGGGACGGCUUCUUCCACACUUCUCCAGCCAUGCUGAUCUGCGACUUCAUGCGGACCCAUCUCACCGACGCCGUUAAAAUCCAGGUGAAGAUGAACACGGAGCUCGCCAUCAUACCGGGUGGAUUAAGAACUCCAGCCGCUGGACGUCGGCGUGAACCGGUCCUUCAAAGCGAAAGUCCGAGCAGAGUGGGAGCGCUGGAUGACUGCUGGCGAACACACGUUCACCAAGACGUGCAGGCAGAGCCGAUCGACUUAUGCCACCAUCUGUAAGUGGAUCGCUGAUGCCUGGGCCAACGUUUCCGUCCAGACUGUUGUUCGAGCUUUCUUCAAGGCCGGGAUCACAACGGGAGAGCCGAGCAACGACAGUGACAUUGACUCUGACGGCGAUGAGCCGAGCGCGCUGGGUUCAGUGCUGGGUCAGCUCUUCAUGUCAGACAUGGAGAAUGAGGAUUUUGAGGGAUUUAUGGACGAGGAAUGAAAAAAAAAUGUGAGUACCAUACUUUUUUCCGAUCCGAACAGGCAACAGCGCUCUGUGUGAAACUGGGACUUUAAAUAUGUUUAUAUUAAUCAUAAGCAAACAGUUGUGUUGCCGCUGUCUGAAUGUGCGUCUUUGCUCCAGCCGUGCCUGCGCGUAAAAAUGGGACUUUUGUUUGUUAAACGUCUGAUUGUUCAUUCUUGCUGCUUAAAGCAUCCGUGCAAAAAAUGACACUGACAAUUACGAAAUUGUUAUUUUUACUGUGAAUGAGAGGAAUAAACUUUGAUUUUGAUCUAA